GUUUACAGUGGCAACUUGACGGUGCCUCUGAGUCCCCAUGCGGAAGACAAAGAUGACACGCCCUUCUUGGAUCUUCUUGUGCAGGUGAUGCUGGACGUACCUCCUGGGGCUUCCGAGCCUCGGUUGGUGCAUUGCGGCGGCCCAGGGAGUGAUGCGACCUGUGUGCUGGGAAUGAGCAUCCAGGGCUAUGCCAGCUUCUCAAUCUCCCAGCGCGGCAUCGGGGUGACCGCGAAUCCCAACUUCGAGUGCGAUCCGAGUCACAUGAAGUUCCCACCGAAGGGCCAGUCGAACUACGAGAUCUCCGACUUCACCGACUGCCCCUGCGCGCUGCCGGAUGGCGCGCCCUUGGUUGGCCAGUCCUUCGCGAACUUGGACCCGAAGAACGACUCCCAGGUUGAGGUCCUCUUCCGCAGCAUGGCCCUCCGCUCCCGGACCUGCGCCGGAGAUAGCAAGUGGAUGCUCACAGGCCCGAGAGGGAAGAAGUACAACUUCCUCGAGUGGUCAGGGACGCGCAUGUUGGCACAUGACAUCGACUUCUUCCGAAGCCGCAUCUGUGCGCCAAAGCUGAACCUGGACGGUUCGUCUUAUGGCACAGCGGUGGCCGCUGUAUAUGCAGACAUGUUCCCCGAUCGAGUUGCCAAGAUGGUCAUCAACGGCAACAUGCCACCGGUGCCCAACACGCUGGAGUUCGCGAAAGGGCAGGGCAUGGCAUUAACGCAGGCUUUUGGGCAUUUGGAGCGGAUGUGCGUCAAAUGGACUUCGACUCGUCCCUGCGAUUAUUUCAGCAACGAGAUGUCUCUGACAAAGGCCUGGAAUGCCCUCAUCGGCGAGAUUCGGGCGGGGCGACUCACGGCGCCCACGAACCUCCCGGGGCAGGGAGGCAAUGUGAGCUUCCCUUUGAGCAUAGGGCUACUCCAGGGCUAUGUCCAGGAGCUGAUGAUCAUUGCAGGUUUCGUGCCGACGGGCUGGGCAAAGCCUGUCCUGACGCUCGUAAACCUUGCGGGCAUGCGGGGCCAAAGCGCUCGAGUGGCGCCUCUCGUGAUUUUAGGAUUUUGGGGUUUCGAUACACUGAGUUUUGGGGCGGGAAAGCAACAAGAAUCAUAA